AUGAGUGUCUCUAAUUUCCCUGAUGCGAAUUUGAAGAUGGGAGUCCCAAAAACCACAAUUGAAAUAGAACGCGAGCUACUGCUGUGGCUUAGAGAUACCCCAUAUGCAUGCUCCUCGCUUGAAACUCUAUCCGGAGGCUCAUCAAACUUUGUUUUUCGAGCGCGACUAUUUAGAUCCCUCCGGGAGGGCACAAGAGAUGUGGUCAUCAAACACGGCGAGGGCCAUAUGGCUGUGGCACCGGAAAGCAAAAUUAGCAUUGACCGGAUUCAAAUCGAGACUGAGUGUCUGAGAUUGCUUGCUUCUUUCCAAUUCACUUUACAUCAUGAGAGAGCGCUCCAGUUCAUCAUCAAGACGCCACGAUGCUAUUUAUAUCACGAAAGGACCAAUAAUCAGAUACUGGAGUAUAUUCCUGGCGCCAUAAAUUUGAAACAGUACUCUCUAAAGAACUUUUUAUCGCCGACUGCAGAAAGUUUACGAUCGAAAUGUCAUUGGCUGGGAAAAGCACUAGCCCAAUAUAUUACUGCCUUUCACAAUGGUGUGCCGCAAGGGCUGAAGGAGCGCAAGUUUCUCGCUACAUUGCAGCUUAACCAGGACAUGCAAAAUCUGAAGCAUAUGAUCAACUAUGACUGGCUUUUACAGCGUAUUGAGGAUUUCCCGCAUAUUCUAAAUGGGGCACGAGACAUCUUCGUCCAGGUCAAGGAAAUGGCACAAAAGGAAUUGGAGAACAGCUCUCCGAGGCUUGUACCUAUUCAUGGUGACUUUUGGACUGGGAAUGUUUUGCUUGAGGAUGUCCCUCUCGAUGGAGAGAAAGAAACAGCUAUUUUUGUGGUAGACUGGGAGAUGGCUCAGCUCGGAGUCCCUGCUUUGGACCAUGGCGAAAUGAUCGGAGAAAUGUACGCCCUGUGGUUAUACAAGCAGAUCGAUGCGGGGCUUUGGAUGAUGCAAGGCUAUGCCGAGGGUCUGGGAGAGCAAACUGAAAGUCGCGCCUGGAGAACUAUUCUUCAGGUCGGAUGCCACCUUCUCAGCUUUGGCACCAUCUCCCCGGGAUGGGGUACGUCCGAGCAAAUCGAGAAAGUCGCGACACUUGGAAAAGAGAUCAUAGUCAAUUCGUGGAGGAAGGACUAUGAAUGGAUUCAUAAUUCGGAACUUGCAUGCCUCUUUGCUCAUGUGCAGCAUUCUCUGGAAACCGUCGGGGAAGCUAGAGCUCCCAUCUAG